AUGGUGAUUGAUGAAAAUCUAUUUGUUAGCUUGGACAAGUCUGAUAGGACCAAAGUAAAGCUUAGAGAUGGUGCACUGGUGCAAGCUCAAGGAAGAAGGUCAAUGAAAUUUUCUACGGAUGAAGAACACUAUUCAGAUGUUGAAUUGACAACUGAUUCUCCAGUUUUAAAGACCAGGUUCAAGCUUGAUAAGCGCAAACCUAUUGCAACUUUACUUGUUGUGAAUGAAAAUUUGAUGAAGGGUGAUGGAGAAGAUGUGGCAAAUUCAAAACUGUAUAGGAGUCUUAUUGGAAGCUUGUUGUAUCUGACUGCUACUAGGUCAGAUGUGAAAUUUGCUGCUAGUUUAUUUCCCGAUAUAUACAAUGUCCCAGCACCAAGCAUUUUGGAGUUGUUAAAAGGGUGUUGA